AGAUGAAUGGCUGACCCAGGGUUGCAAAAUGCAUGAAGCUAUAACCUACUAGCAGCGCAUUCUGAUAAUCUCGGAGGGAGCAACCAAGAAAAACAAAACUAUUCCUGCUUUUGUCUGAGCACCGAGAGCUAUGGGUUACCUCGGAGGAGAAGGUGUUGGAUGCGGUAAUGAUCUGGGCUGCCUCAUGCACAGUAAGUGGAUGGGAGGCUGCUGAGGGCAUGUUGGUCACUGAAGGUGUGGACAGGCUUCUUUCAGGAAGAAGAGAGGAAAUGGAAAGGCUUCUGCAUCUUGUCCGAUUCCCGCUCAUGCCACGGUUGCUUCUGACAAAGCUUGUAAAUUCUUCACUGGCGUCUUCAAUUGCGGCGCUGCAGCGUUUGCUUGCUGAGGCUCUUGACUUUGUAGCACUUGGUGAAGAAAUACCUGCAGACUCGAAGUAAGGAUGACUUUGCACGAAAUUGGUUUUGCUCAGCUUGGUGAGAACCAUGUGGCCCAACGUCCGGGGUUUGGAGCAAAGAGUGUCUGGUUGAGAAAUGCUGUUUCGUAUUUGAGAAGGUGGAGAGCUGAUGGGUGACAAGCAUGAGCAGGGAAAUGAGAGUAAAAGCUAGUGACACGG